GGGAGCGGCAAUCCGGCUUGUGCUAUUUGCCGCAGCUGCAGGUCAACCUCUUUCAGCGUCGGCGAGUUUUUACUUUCGCUUUCGAUGAGCCUGUUAUGCUGCCACGACAAACGACCUCAAGGGAGCGGGCAGGAAAGAGACAGAGAGGGCUGGAGGGAGAAAAACGUAAAAGAACAGGAAGAAAACCCUCAGAAGAGAAGAGCAAUAUUGGAACUUUCCUGGCUACAUCCCACUGGAAGGAGUACACCAUCAUGGAAGACUUUGAGGUAGCUGUUUCUCAGGGGAAACUGGCAGAUGCUGUGUCCAGCGUGUUGGCAAAACCACUGAACUUUUUUAAAAGUACCAUACUGCACAUUGCAGUGGUAGGAGAGCCAGGUUCUGGGAAGUCCUCUUUCAUCAAUGCCAUGCUGGGCCUAAGUCCGGAUGACCCAGGUGCUGCUGAGACUGGCAUAAGUGCAACGACAGUAGAGGUCAAGGAUUACGCAUAUCUGAAACUUCCAGAAGUGAACCUUUGGGACCUUCCAGGAAAGGGACUAUCACCUUUGGGGGAAGACAUUUUUGCUAAGAAGGUAGACUUAAAUCGCUUUGAUUUCUUCAUCAUAGUCGGCUCCCAGCGUUUCCGCUCCACCCAUGCUGACCUGGUCCAUGAGAUCCAAAAGAUGAGGAAGAGCUUUUACUUUGUACGUGCAAAAGCAGACCUUGACCUGUCGGCCUCCAAAAGGCAACGGCCAUCUGACUACGAUGAGAAGAAGAUCCUCUUGCGCAUCAAGGAGGAUUGCCGAGACGGCUUGAUAAGCGAACGGGUGAGGGACCCACAAGUCUUCAUAGUAUCCAGCUGGGAUCCCAACCUCUUUGAUUUUCCCCUCCUUCAGGAAACGCUGAAGAAUGACCUCUUGAGGCUAAAGAGGCAAGCCUUCCUGCUCCACUUCUCUGCCAUCUGUUCACCUGUCUUGGAGACAAAGAAAACCACUGCAAAGGAGAAGUUUUGGACCAGACACCUUUGUUUGUUGGUUGCUGCUGCAGGCCCAAUCCCAUUUUUUCCUGUGAUGUUCCUGUUUCGGAAAUUCCGCUCCCGGUGCUACCAAGACUUUGGCCUGGAUGAUCAGUCCCUUGCAGCUCUGGCUCAAUGUGUCGGAAAGACGGCAGCAUCCCUUAAAGCAGUGAUGCAGUCCCUGGCAAUAGCCUCGGCAGUUUUAUGGGGGCUGCCAGACUUGGUGGGAGCCUCGGUGAUAACAGUGGAAUAUUACCGCUGGGAGCAUUUCCCCAUCUUUGGCUGCCUACUGUCAGGAGGGAUUUCACUUCUUCGCACCUAUUUCAUGCUGCAGAAAUGUAUAUCGGGUGUCGCUGAUGACACCCAGAGGGUUCUGACCAAAGCUCUUGAAGCAGAGGAGAAAAAGUCCGUGUAGCAGUAAAGAGCUGCACUGAUAACCACUGCAGUGAUAGUGGUUUGUGCAAGUUUCUGCAGGCUCUCAAGUCACGUCCUGCAAGCAUGGAAAAUGAUUACCGAGCAGUGGAUUUAGUGUCCUGAGAUGUUUUUAAUUAUAUAUAUUUUAUGAAUCAAGUUUCCAGACCAUAUGGUGGCAACAAAGGCUGGGACAGUCAGUAAGGCUAAGUAUACUCCAAGCUUUAAAAAUUGGCAUUAUGAACCCAGACAAUCCAAAAAUUGUGUGAAAAGCUGGAUUCUGCCAUCUGUGCCAGUUACGCUAAUGGAGCAAAUUGGCAUCUGGUUUUGCUGAUCGUAGACAGGCAGGGUGGUUAAAAAUUAUGAUUUUAAAAACAAAAAAGGCAGUAUUUCAAAAAUAAGUGAGUUUUUUAAUUUAGAUCUGAUUUUUUUUUAAAAAAAUUAAAUGUAAAUACUAGGUUUCUAAUAAAUAAUAGCUAGGUUAAAUAAUCUGAAUAUAAGCAUGUUAGCCCAAAAGUUACCAGACUGGUAAGAGUGAACACCUCUACUAGAAGGAGACUUUAGGGAUAGUGAACAUUAUUAUUAUUCAUUAUUUCAGUCCACAAAUAGCUUCCUACAUAUAAAUGGACAGGCUAGUAAAAAUGUCUAUGGACUAGUAACUUAUGUGGACUUGCUUGCAAGGUUGGUAUCAGUUAUAAUUAAUGCAGGUCACAGCAUUCAGCUUUUCUCGACACAUAUUUGAUUUAUUUUAUUGCAGAAACCAUGGAACUCUUACUCUAUAUUUCCUUCCAGAGAAGAAACAACUUUAAAAAACAUGCUUCAAAAAUGGUAAAAAUAAUCUCAGCAGUAGCUACAUUUGCUUUGUCCUUUAAAAAUAAAACGGAGCCUUGUAUAACAA